AUGCGAGAAGGGGAAACCCUGAAAAUGUAUUUUGAUAGAUACCGGGAGAUGUUCAAUAAGAUAGAUAGAAACUUUGAUGAUGUAGCUAUAAGGGCUUUCAAGGUCGGCCUAUCUACUGAGCAUGAUUUAAGGAAGUCGUUGACCAGGAAGCCUGUCAAGAGUGUGUGUCAGCUCAUGGACUGUAUUGACAAGUAUAAGUGGGUUGAGAAGGACCACCAGCAGGGGAAGGGGAAAGCUAAGGUGGUCCCUCAGGAUAGAAGGGAUUUUAAGUCGGACAAAUACAACAAUAACCGGCCUCGAAGGGACUUUGUUAGACAAUCUGGAUCUACUGCUACUCAAGCGAUUAGCACGGUGUUCGAGGAGCCAGUACAUCAAGUCUUGGAAAAGAUUAAGAAUGAGUCAUACUUUAAAUGGUCAAAUAAGAUGGGAGGAGACCCCACCAAGCACAACCAAAGCCUUCACUGCCAAUACCACCAGGACCGUGGACACAUCACAGAAGAGUGCAGAACUUUAUGGAGUCAUCUGGAGCAACUAGUCAGAAGUGGAAAGUUAAAGUAA